GCAGGGCUAAUGUGUGGCGUUUGGGACGGUAAACCAGACAGCUGUUUUGAUCCAUUUCAAAGGAAGGGUAUGAUUUGAAGAGGGAGAGAGGAAAUCAUAUUACUUUAUUUUUUCCUGAGCCGUUCUACCCCUUCGGAGGGGAACGACUGGAAACUUAUUUCCCUGUUCUUUUGGACGAAUGCGGUGGGUCAGCUUUGUAAGGGCUAUGUGAUUAAACAAAAAGAGAUCCCCUUCUUGCGUUGAUAGGAAAGCUGGAGUUUGUGGAGUUUGUAUGUGAUCCUGUGUUUUUGGCCGACGCUCCCUAACAAUUCGGGACCCGGAGGUCCUGGACCGAGAAUGGGAAAUGCAUGAAGUGAAACUGUUUGCAGGGGAUGGAUUUUGCUUUUGCGCCGAUGAAAACCUGGAGGUGGGUCCUGCGUUUUCUUGCCACGCUGAGACGGUGUGUUUGUGCGUGUGUUUUCCCUGUGUGUUUUUCCAGCUCGUACCGUCCCUUUCCAUAAGGGAAUGACGUGGUGAGCCCGAGAAGUAACCGAGGGAGGAGAGAUGACUGAACGGUCUGCGCCAUGCCCCGGAGUACAGUAAACAGACCGACACACGCUGUCUUAUAAGCUUAUUCUUUUACAGAGGGACGUGAAGGGAUAAAAAAUAAUACAAAACAAUUAUGGAUUUCCGUUCAGGCAGAAAACAGAUCUUUUCGUCGCAAAGAAGUUGUUUGUUUUCUAAACGUGAUCGAUUACUGUAAAAAAAAGUGAUUUAUCUAACGGGAGUGGAUCACGUGAUAAAGUUCACAACUUUUUACAAACCCCCAUUGCCCAGUUUUAUACACGUAUUCUCUGCAAAAGACAGUAUGGACUACUCUGUUUAAAGACGGCGAUCCAGCUAUGCAAGUAACGCGCCUUUGUGCUGCUGACGGUUUCACUGCACAAGAACACUUAUAACUGGUAAUGACCUUAUAUCAGUAUACGACGUUGUUUUAACUUUGUCUGGAAGAUGGUUGAAAAGAGGUGUUUGCUUCAGCGAGAGGGAGUUUACCGCUGGUUCUCCCAGCUGAACUCUUCUAAGAGGGCUGAGUUUCUCUGUGGGCUCCUUGACCUCUGCAUUCCCAUCGAGCUGCGCUUUCUUGGGUCCUGCUUGGAGGACCUGGCCCGGAAAGACUACCACUCCCUCAGGGACGCCGAGAUCAAGGCCAACAACCCAGCUGACCUAGCGAAUUUGACCAACAUCACGGAUGAGGUGGUCCGCAGCAAGCUGCUCAUCUCCCUGGCCCUGCUGAACUCGGACAACAGGGAAGCAGCAGGAGUGCUUUUCAGGACGCUCACCCACAUCGACUCCGUGAUCAACAACUACGGGCUGCAGCUCAACGACGGCCAGACGGGGGACCAGUUCCUCCUGCUCUUCACCAUGGCCUCCAACCAUCCCGCCUUCAGCUUUCACCAGAAGCAGGUCCUCAGGCAGGAGCUGACGCAGAUCCAGAGCAUCGUGCAGGCGGCCUGUGGUGGUCAUCAUGCGAGCGGAGGGACCAGUGCGCUCGCCGCCUUGCCCACAGCCAACACCAUCACCACCUACAUCACCAAUGCCACCCUCAACUCCUGCCCCGCUGGAUUCCCCUGUUCGCACAAGGCACUGCACCGAGAGGAAAGGGGAGGGCACGGAAACGAUGCUAGUGGCCUGGACUCCCAAUCACAGGCUCCCUCGCUGUCUGGCCAGGAGCUGCUGAUUAAGGUCCACGCGGGGAAGGCCAAUAAAGCAAACAUCGAGAGGAUUGAGCUGAAGAGCCUGACUCAGAAGGCGGAGAAGGUGGGCGAGUACACCUUCGAGGUGCUGUGGUCAGACUCCACGAUAUCUGUUGUCUCCCGGACUUCUCAGGAUGCGAUGGAGUUUCUGUCCAAGGUGAGGUCCAAGAUGGAGGAUGACGACAUGCACGUCUGUAUAAGCCAGCUCUUCCCAGAUGAUGGGCUUGAGAAAUACUUGUCCUUGUCUCCCCUGGAUCCCCCACACCAGCCAGAUCCCAGGUGCCUGGCUAAGCUGCCACCACACCUGCUGAUGCACGAGCAGGUCAGGCAGUUCUUCAGCCCUGCCCAGGGUCCUCAGAUCCCUCCCAACACGAAUUUUGGCUGUUCACUGCAAUACAGAGGAGCCAGUAGUUUGCCCAGGCCGGUCUGCGGAGUGGCCAGCAUCCAGCCCGUCAUCAGUUCUCACUGCUCCCUGCAGCCCCACUCAGCCACUCACUUCCCAUCUCCUGGAGUGGCCCCCCGGCUGCCCUCCGGCGGGGGGCCCACUGGGGAUUGCCUGGCCUCAGUAAAUCCGGCCUCCAACCCCACCCUCCAGGCCCAGCCCAACUCGGAGCAGAAUGGGAUCCUGGACUGGCUACGCAAACUGCGUCUGCACAAGUACUAUCCUGUGUUCAAGCAGCUCACCAUGGAGAAGUUCUUGGCGCUCACCGAGGAGGACCUCAACAAGUAUGACCUCACACAGGGGGCCAAGAAAAAGCUGAAGACCCAGCUGGAACUGCAAAAUGCCAGUAGGGAGAAGUCUGAGAAGAGGUAUGUGGUUUCCCAGUUCCCGGUGACCUGCGGUGGGGUGGCCAGAGUGGCCCCAUCCAGCCACAUCGCGCCGAACACCAGCAGUGCAGAGCUGCGGGUAGAGGUGGACAGCAGCUCCCUCCCUUUCCCCCGGGACAGCGGCUCCUCCUCAGGCUACUCCAGUUCCCCCUCCAGCCCCAUGGGCCCCCGCGACGAGGCCCUUGACAGUGUUAAGGCCAGUGUAACUGCAGAGCCACGCAGACGAACAGAAACUGGGUCAGAACCUGGGGACAGAGAGCGGUCUUGUGUGCUGCUGAACCAUACGGUGCCGAGCGGACCGAUCCGACCCACCGCUCAGGUUCUUCCUGUCCAGAAUGACGCCUCUUCAUCAUCAUCUCCCUACCACCUGCCUCUACCUCCCCAAGUCCUGCCCCUCCUCUCACCUGGGCGUGUCCUUGGCCCCCCUCGCAAGCCCCGCCCUCCCCCGCCCCCCCCUUCCGUCCUGUCCCCGCUUUGCUCGGAGGACCGUGCCAAGCCCAUGUGUCCCGGCGUGGCCGUCGGCAUGCAGCUGGAAAGCCGCUUCCCCGGCCUGAGUCUGGAGCUGGCACCAGCGCUCCUCUCCGACGGCGCUGCCCCCCAGGGCGCGCUGGCAGCUCUGCGGUCCCCCCCGGGCCUGAUGGUGGAGACGAGCACGGCCCCGACAGCCACCUCCAACACCCUGCACCACGUGUCGCGGCCCCCCCUCCAGCCGCAGCUGUCCCCUUCGGUCCCUCCCGCGUCCCCUCACCGCGCGGGACACUUCUCCGCCUCCUGGUCGACCUUCCCCCCCGCCAGCAGCAUUGCCGUGGUGACGGCACCCGAAAGCACCCGUUGUGCAAAGGGUCACCCCGGACCAGCCGCCCCACCUACGUCCGGCGCAGUUUCUACGGAGACCGGCUCAGGCGGGACGGGCACGCAGCCCCCCACGUGCGUCUGCAGCUCCUGCGGUUGCAGCGGCAGCUGUGGCUCCUACUGCGCCCUGCCUGCAGGCUACGCAGGCUACUUCCAGCACCCCUUCUCGGGCCCCUCGGUGCUCACGCUUGGGCCUCUGCUGCACCUCAGCCCGCUGCUGGCCGGGCCCCACCCCCAGCCCCACAGUGCCAGCGCUCCCUUCUCCUACCCCCUGGUGGCGCCGCCCCUGUACAGCGGCAGCCUGCCCCAUGAGACGCAGGCGGGCCUGGUGCUGCCACCCAUGCAGGGCUUCCUGGGGGCCGCGGCCGGCAUCUAUCAGCCGCAGGUGGCCGUGGGCAAUGGGGGCGGCGAGCAGAAGAAGGGCAACGUCUCCUGCUACAACUGUGGCGUGAGCGGCCACUGGGCGCAGGACUGCAAGCAGCCCCUCAUGGAAUCUGGCCAGCAAGGAACCUUUCGGCUGAAAUACGCCCCCCCAUCUGACAGUCAAGAUUCUGCAGACUGAAGCCUUGAAAUGGAGCAGCACAGGCCCCUGCCCCCCCCCCCCCCCCCAAAUACACGCUGAAGCCUGCUGUAUUUUGACUGGAACCUGCCGCUCCGCACGCUGCUUGGAGUGAUCACAAGGAACCUGGAACAUUACAGGAACGUGAACGGGGGGGGGGUUCUAAGUGAAGGGUCCGUGUGUGUGUGAAAGGGGCCUUCUAAUUCUCCUUAGAACCCUUUGUGGGCUGGCUGGCAUUGUGACAUCACAGUUACUUCUGGGGAAGGGGCUGCCCCCCCCUGUGCCUUACCGCCGUCUGAAGCACCUCCCUCCGGUAAACACAUGGUUCACAUGGUUUACUUUGCAGCAUCCUGCUUACAUGGUAAUAAAAACCACAAGAAGGAAACAAAGGAGAGGUAUUCAGCCACACAUUGCGCUUUGUAAGUACUUAUUUUUAAAGCUGACUUUAUAGAACUGCGUACUUAAAGAAAUUUUAAAUGUACAAUAAUUUACAGUAUUUACAGUCCAGAUUGUCUAUCUGUAAAAUGCAUUUUCACCCUAAACUACAAAAAUCUUGACAUGAUCAGUAUGUCCUCCAGAGGACAUAUAUAGAUACAUGUUUGUGUUAAUUUAAAACCAUAUUGAAUUCAGCAGUUUGUUUUGAAGGACCGGUGAGACAAGUAUGUGGUCAGACAGGCGUGUUGUCAGACAGGCGUGUGGUCUGACAGGCGUGUUGUCACACCAUCAGACAGGCGUGUUGUCAGACAGUCAAACAGGCGUGUUGUCAGACAGGCGUGUGGUCUGACAGGUGUGUUGUCACACCAUCAGACAGGCAUGUGGUCAGACAGUCAAACAGGCGUGUUGUCAGACAGGCGUCUUGUCAGACAGGCAUGUGGUCAGACAGGCGUCUUGUCAGACAGGCAUGUGGUCAGACAGGCGUCUUGUCAGACAGGCAUGUGGUCAGACAGGCGUGUUGUCAUACUGUCAGAUAGGUGUGUUGUCAGACAGGCGUGUUGUCAUACCGUCAGAUAGGCGUGUUGUCAGACAGUCAGACAGGCGUGUUGUCACACUGUCAGGCAGGCGUGUUGUCAGACAGUCAGACAGGCGUGUUGUCACACUGUCAGGCAGGCGUGUUGUCAGACAGUCAGACAGGUGUGUGAUGCUGUGGGUCUCUCUUCCUGGUCUAAGAGGCUGAUCUGAAGCUGCAUCCAGUCUGUGACACAGGAAUUAGACAGGAAGACCAGCAGAAACAGGCAGCUAUGCUCAAGUUGGAAUAAGGCUUCAGGACAGAAAAGACAGAAGAUCUUAGUUUCAUAAUUAUAAUGUGUGUGAUUUUAUAGAAUUAGGCUGUAAGAUUUCACACAUAUUAACUAAAAUUGUGUAACUGCUGUCAGUCAGAAAGAUCCGACAUUGUAAAAUGUGUUGAUUACGAACAGUGGAAUCCUCUCCAGUGCAGUCCUCCAGUAAAAGCCUCUGGGAAAAUAAACCCAUAAAUAUCACUGGCCCUGGAUUACACGGGAGUUUCCCUAACAGUCAAAAUCCACAGCAGGUGACUUUUGUCCGGAAGCCAUUCGGAAUGAAGAUUACCAAAGAGAGCAAACAGCAAACCUUGGCUCACAUGCCGAUUUGGAGACUGGGGGAACAUUCUGGACAGGCUGACUGAAUUCCUGGACGGUUAUGUGCAUUUGUCAGGCUUACGUGGUCCAAUUUAUUAGCAGAACUAUGUAUAUCAACAAGAAAAAAAUAACACUAAUGAAGUGUUUUCCUCAAUAUAAUCAGCCUUAUAUAUCAUGUUGGAACGACGGAAGCGGUGUUAAGCAACUGAAGCAGGAAAAGCUGGAUGUACACCGUUCACCAAGAUGAUGGCGUGCAGUGUGCUGACAUCAUCGUGACAUCACAGCCUUUUUAGGGAGAGCUUGGCUGCUCAGAGAGAUAGACAGAGACGGUUUUCAGAGGGCCAAGCGGAGCUGCCAGUCAUACUGUGCACCAGAACCCCUCUCCAUGUAUAUACCCAGACUGCAUGUAGCCCAAUAAUGUCCUUUUUCCUGUUCUUUAAAAAUAUAAACCUUUGAUUACAUGUAGUGGAUCUGAUGUUAUAACACCCCCUUUUUGUAUUUUGGUACUCUGCUCAAACAAAAACUAGACAGUUUUAAAAUUGUACAUUUUAUAUGUCUGAAAUGAAAUCUUUUUGUAAAGAGCAUUAAACAUGUUUCAAAUA